GUGGCAACGCUCGAAGUCACUGCAAAUGUUUUGUUUUAUUUAGCGGGUUUUUUGGUACUGUCUAAAGACCGCCCGCCAUGAAAAUCCUUUGCGAGGUCCAGGUGGUGAACCGCACCACCCAGGCAAACCGGACGCCGCGACCCGUGAAAUCCACCCUGGCCAUUGGCUACAAGCAGAGCGCCAGGGACGCGAAUGGGAACACCAAGAAGGAGCUGGAAAUGGUGCUCUUCAGCGGGCAAAACAAGACGGGCAACCGCUACAAGGUCAAGGACAACAUCCACGCCGUGCACACUAAGUUUGUGCUCGACGGCAAGGCCACCAUUGGUUUCCUACAGCCAGCGGAGAACCUGCUGAUCAAGUGCGAUCCCAUUCAGCUGAAGGGAUUCCUACAGACGCUCAAGCUGGGCAUGGAUGGCAAGGACGCCAUCAAUCUGAGACUGAACAUCGCCUCCGCCACGGCCAUUCCACAGAAAGCGCAGCCCCAGCUGCGCAUGGUGGUGAACAAGCGGAGCGAGUACCCCAUCAAGGGAUUCCCGCGCACCCUCAAGUCGCUGACCAUCAACAACAGCCAGCUGGUGAAGCUCAGCUUCGAGGUGUGCUCCCUGCGCAACCUCACCAAGCUGGAUGUCGGCGGCAACAAGCUGACCAAGAUUCCCUCGGAGCUGGGUCGCUUGGCCCUGACCUCCCUAAACCUGAGCAGCAACAGCCUGGGCGAACUCAACGACUGGUGCUGGCUGCGGGGCACUAAGCUUAGUCAGACGCUCGGCGAGCUGGAUCUCUCGAGCAACGGCCUAACAUACUUUCCACCUCCGCUGGUUAAGUUUGAGCGUCUAGUCUCGUUGAACCUCAACCACAAUAUGAUUGGUCGUCUGCCCUUUGGCAUCCGACGGCUGCAGGCCCUGCGAAAGCUGUACGUGUGCAGCAACAAACUAGAGUCCCUGCCGGCUGCCAUUGAGGAUCUUCACGUCGACCUGUUGGAUGUUUGGGGUAAUUGCUUUAAGUCGUUCAAUGCGGAGGCCGACCAGCAGUUGUCGCGACAAAAGGCGACGGGUAAUUCACCACAUCCCCUGUGGCUUCAGGCCGCUCGAGCCGUGGACAACUACAAACUUCCUUUGCCGGCGGGCUCCGUACCCGCUGUACUUAUCGAACUCAUUUGUGAGGCACCCAAGUGCCUUUGCGGCAAGCUCUGCUACGCCCAGAGUAAGGAGGACAUUUUCCAACGAGUCACCAUGCCAAAAUUCACCAACAUCAAAAACCUCACAUACAGCCGCGAGCACCAAAUAUACGCGGAUGUCGUCCUUUGCAGCCCAAGUUGCAGUGUUUCGGCGCACCGGUGCAUCGGUAUUUUCAGCACGAAGUUUCCUUGAUUGAGUUAGAUGCCCAUACUUAGCGCAUAUUUAAGUCAUAUUAAGCAUUUGAUUUUUUUCUAUUUUGUUUGCGUUUUCCUUCAUUAUUAGGUUAAUGAAAUGCAAAGAAGCUCUCAUUUAAGCUUACGAAUUAUUUAUGUUGUAUAUGAAAUGCGAAGAAGCUCAUAUUUAUUUAACAUGAUGAUGUUCUACCAUUUACUAUUAUGUUUUCAUUCCCCCUAAUUAUCUUGUUAAACUAAGACUGCCAGUAAAAGCGAGUUAAAAAUAGUUAAGAAAUAUUUAAAUUAUUUUUUGUGUAUAUUUGGCAAAACGUAAACAAAAUACAUGGAAAAGUAAUAUAGUUGCUCAGUUACUAUUUUUAUAGUCAAUUACAAUUACUUUCAAUAUUUCGGUAAGAAAUAAGCAACGAAAUUAAUAGAAACGAAUUAAAUCGUAAAGUAACU